UGUUUCAGACGCAUUGAGAAGAGCGCUUCCAAACGAUGGCGAGGUUCGGUGCGCCGGAUACUUUCCGCGUGUAUUUAUAACCUCUCAUGUUUCACCCACGGCUGCAGCACUGGUUGGGUGUCAGGUGUACUAGGAACGGAGGCCUUAACAGGAGGUGCAUGGCUCGCUGCUCUACCGUGCCUAGUGGCUCUACCAGCAGCUCCCUUCUUUGCAGUAUUAGCUGACGCUAAGGGCAGGAAAGCUGGUGCUUUUUGUAUUAGUCUUAGUUUCAUAAUCAGCUGGUCCCUGGCGGCAUGGUGUGGCCCGCGUGGCGUGUGGGCUGCCAGGGUCGCAGCGGGCGCAGGAGGUGCCGGUGCGUUGGCUCUAGCGCCGCUGUAUUGCGCAGAGAUAGCUCCCAGAACGAGGGGACUGGCUGCCAUGCCUGCGUUGGCUUGCAGUUGUGGCAUCCUGUUCGCGUACGCUGCAGGUGGGAUGCUUUCCGCGCACGCAUUGUCGUUGUCAAUGGGAGUUCCGCCUUUGGUGCUGCUGGUGUCACUGUUGUGGCUGCAGGAAACACCUUCGUUUCUCAUCAGUGUGGGCAAAAUACAGGAUGCAGCCAAAGUAAUAUGUUGGUUCGAUGGCUCUGACUUCCAAGAGGACCUCACUGAUGUGAUUGAACAACAAGAGGUCCGCAUCAGGACCUCAGAAUGUUAUGGCCGCAGAGAGGCGAUGCGUAGACAAGAUUCGGACAUCUUGCAACCAAUGUUGAAGAGGAGUAGCGGGUUGGACUCCAAUUCGGAGAAGAAAGCAGAUCCUUCGCCUUGUAGGGAGCUGUUCCGCAAGCGUCGUGCCCGGCGCGCUCUCUUCUCGUGCUUCGUGCUUCUGUGCGCUGCGGCCGGAAGCGGCGCUGGUGCUGUGAACAGCUUCGCUGCGGCAGUGCUUCGGCAUUCAGCGCACAGUGUGCCCCAUCUAAAUGUGACAGCGUAUAACUACACUAUGUAUAACGGGACGGUAAUGACUGCGCCCUUUUUCGAGACUUCCGCCGCUGGUUCUGUGGUAUGCGGAGUGGCGCUGGUGCUGGGGGCUGCUGUGGCCACCGCCACCGUCGACAAACUGGGACGGAAGAUGCUGUUGCUAUGGUCGUGUUCUGGCAUUACCUGUUGCCUUGCUAUACUUGGAGCGUACUGUGACCCUCGGCUUCGUAUGUUCUCCUGGUACUCACACCGACUGUGGCCUUAUAAAAGAAUUCACAAGGGCAUACAAGAAAAUGUAUUGAACAUAUCUCAAGUUAUGAUAAAUUUAACAUACCAUGACAAUGUAACUGAUGGUGUUAUGAAAAAUCAGAGUCAUGAUAUAAAACCAUGGAGGUUAUACGAGUAUGACAGCAAUUUGACAGCCACCAGUUGGGCGCUAAAAUUGAAUGGAACAGAAACGAGUGAGACUACGCUCUGGGCUCCGGCUAUGUUGCUCUCGUUUAUGCUGUUCUUGUACAAUAUAGGACUAGGGUCCGUGCCUUAUGUACUUAUAUCAGAGCUGUUUUCUAUCAACGUUCGUAGUCUCGCCUCAAGUUUGCUUAUAUCCUGGAUGUGGCUUAGUAAUUUUCUCCUUCUACGCUAUUACGGUACUGUCGCUGUAUCUCUUGGUCUCCACGGCACUUACUAUAUCUCCGCCUCCAUCACACUUCUGGGCUCCUUGUACACUUUCUUCGUAAUACCAGAAACGAGGGGCAGAAGUCAGGAGCAAAUCGACCAAUAUCUGGAUGGUCCCCUGAUAGUGCUCAAGAAGAAAAGAAAGAAUCAACGAUGACGACUCUCCCACAUGCUUAUGGUAUUCAUUUUUUUAUAGUUCUACAGAUAAAUUAUUAAUAUACAAUUUUAA